AUGUCUGGUCGCGGAAAAGGAGGCAAAGGCUUGGGGAAAGGAGGCGCCAAGAGGCACCGGAAAGUCCUUCGCGAUAACAUCCAGGGCAUCACCAAGCCGGCCAUCCGCCGUCUGGCUCGCCGCGGUGGCGUGAAGCGCAUUUCGGGCCUGAUCUACGAGGAGACUCGCGGCGUCCUGAAGGUCUUUCUGGAGAACGUGAUUCGCGAUGCAGUCACCUACACCGAACACGCCAAGAGGAAGACAGUCACCGCCAUGGAUGUCGUCUACGCCUUGAAGCGCCAGGGACGCACCCUUCCAAACAGCCUCCAUGUUUCCACGCUUAGAGGAAGGAUGGCUCGCACCAAGCAAACGGCUCGCAAGUCGACCGGCGGGAAGGCGCCCCGCAAGCAGCUGGCCACCAAGGCUGCGCGGAAGAGCGCGCCGGCCACGGGCGGCGUGAAGAAGCCUCACCGCUACCGGCCGGGCACCGUGGCCCUGCGCGAGAUCCGCCGCUACCAGAAGUCGACGGAGCUGCUGAUCCGCAAGCUGCCCUUCCAGCGGUUGGUGCGCGAAAUCGCGCAGGACUUCAAGACCGACCUGCGCUUCCAGAGCUCGGCCGUCAUGGCUCUGCAGGAGGCGAGCGAGGCUUACCUGGUGGGGCUCUUCGAGGACACCAACCUGUGCGCCAUCCACGCCAAGCGCGUCACCAUCAUGCCCAAAGACAUCCAGCUGGCCCGACGCAUCCGCGGGGAGAGGGCGUAA